AUGGCGGGACUCAGGAUAGGCUGGAGCAGCGCUCUGCUGGUCCUUGCUGUCAUUCUUAUCGUUCUUCCCGGUCAGGCCGCCGCGUUUGGUGCUGGGAACAUUCCCUCUAUUGCCCAAGUUGAGGGGCAUAACUGGAGACAUGGAGAUAUCGAGGACACACUCAAGGACAUCGCUUUCUUGUAUGGCAAAAAAUGGACCACCAUGAUGGUUGGCCGUGUCUACUUUGGCAACUGGCUGAGAGACUAUUCGCAAGCUGUUGAUGUUGGCAGUUUGAAGGGCGUCAAUGCCGCUACCAUCAGAAUUAUUGUUUGGGUCCUCUCCUUCAUGGCCAACGGCUAUGCCACCGAGGAAUUCGAGGUCACCGAAGAGCGCCUGGGAUGCUAUCGUCCUGAGGAGCAUAUUGACAACCCCAAGGACUACGCCGACAACCAGGAUGCUCGCAAAUAUGACACCAGACUCCGAGGGCCUGUUGAUCCCCGCGAACUUGAAAUCGAUCCCCGUACUGGCAUGAAGAACUACAUCGCCAACGAGAGCGGCGGUUGGGCCACCAGCGCUGGUUAUCUGAGAUGGAGCAUUGCCCGCGCCAUCCACUUUGGCCGUCUCUACACAAGUGGUACCACCCACAAGGGAAGGGAGUCUGAUCUCUGCGAGGCCCUCAGAUGUCUGGGCCAGGCUCUCCACUGCAUGGAAGACUUCAGCGCUCACAGCAACUACUGCGAGCUUGCCCUCAUCGAGCUCGGUUAUCACAAUGUGUUUGCCCAUUGCGGUUCUUCUACCCAGAUCAACCUUAACGGCAAAAGAGUCUACCCCUUAGUAACCGGCACUUUCGGAGCCGUGGACUUUUUGCACUCUGUGCUUGGCGAGGCCACCGACCACUUCACCCAAUCCGAAGUCGACGAGAUCGACAUCGCCCUCAAAGCCGCCGAGCAAAACAGCAACAGCUCCUCCGGCCAGCGCGGCUUCCUGGGCUCCGGCUCCUCCGGUCCCGACUUCAUCUCCCUCGUCAGCCAGCUCCCCAGCGUGGGUGAUGGCUUCGCCUCCCAGGCCAGAAGCCUCAAGGCCGCCUCGGCCGCCCAAGAGCAGCAAAACAUGCAACAGCUCACCCGCGACAACGUCAACCAAGUCCCCGGCAUGAGCCCCAACUUUGACCCCGUCAAGGUCUCGGGACAGAUCUACCCCAUCCUCGAGUUCCGCGACAAGAUCGUCCGCUCCAUCAACAAUAUGAUCUCCAAGAUCCCCGGGCUGGAGUCUCUUUUGGAGAAAAUCAGCGAGACGCUGACGGCGUUCAUCCUGGGGCUCCUCGCUCCGUUCAUCAGACCCAUCAUCCAGCAGGUCUCCAAGGUCUUGAAGGACGGGUCGACCGGUCUUAUCGAGUCGAGCGCCAACGCCCAGCUAGAGCCGUGGAAUAACCCCCGCUGCAACGACCCCACCCACUCGAUGCUGUCAAAAGACCAUUUUACCAACGUGCUCAACUCGUGCGCUGGGCGUGUUUCCGUCACAAUAGUUCAAUAUGUCGUUCCCCGGAUCCUCUACGCCUUUGAAAACCCCGGCGUCCCCGUCGACGAAGUUUUGAACGACAUCCUCCGCGCCUUCCACCACCCAGCCGCCCGCGACGAACGGGUUGAGAUUCAUCGCAACAUGUUUGAGACUGUGCGCAAGUGGACGCAGGAGACGAAGCACAGGCACGAGCUCAACUCCAUUUUGUCUUCUGAAUCGGUCAAGAACCACCAUAACCACAUCCUCGCGAGCAAUUCCAGCAGUAGUUCCCGUAGUGUCUCAGCCCCUAGCCACGGAGGUAACGGUUGUGAUCAUGGUCACGGCCGUCCGGCGGGGUCGUUGUGGGAGCAGGUUAAGAAGCAGCAGGCUGAUGCACGGUAUUCGCCUCGGCCGGGGUCGUCUGGUGGUGGGUAUGGGCAGAGGCCGGGGUCGAGUGGGUAUGGGAGUGGUGGUGGGGGGUCUUAUGGCAGGCCUAGUCCUCAGCCGGGGUAUAGCGGUGGUGGUGGGUCGGGGGCAUAUCCGCCUCAGCAACAGCCGCAGUAUGGUGGUGGUGGUUAUGGUGGUCCGGGUGGUUACCAGCAGCCCCCGCCGCCGCAUCAUCAUGGGCAGUAUGGAGGUGGUUAUCCUGGACAGCAUCCGCCGCCGCCGCCUCAGGGAGGGGGGUAUCCGGGGCAGCAGCCGCCUCAGUGGGGGGGUUAUCAACGGUAUUAA